UCUGCUAUAAUAGCAUACACAGUUUUAACUUUCAAGUGCGCGUAAUUAUUGUUGAUUAUUACAAACAUUUUGUAUUCUUUUAUUAAUAGCAGGUGUUUUAAUUACAUUUUUACUAUCUAGAGAUGUAAAUUAGAGUCUAAAAAGUAAACAAUCCGUUAUUUCUAUGUUCAAAAUAUUAGAAAACUAAGUGUACAAUUUUGCACCGAUCGUCCGCAAUUAAAGUAGUAAAAGUACAUAGAAUUUAAUAAUUUCUACAGUUAAAUUCUGUAAAAGGAUUAUUAUUUUUAUAGUGUGCAGAUUUACAAAUAAAAAUGGCUUCGGCAUGUUUGAUUAUAAGUCGAGGAAUUUCUACAUCAAGUGCAAACUAUGGAAAACGUAAUUUCCGAAAAUUUAUGCUUUACGGUAAAAGAGGAUCAAGAUUUCACAGAGAACGUGAAGCAGGUCCAAAUCCAGAACUCCCACUUUAUACACGGGGAGUAAAACAUUCUGGAUAUAGAAGUGGGACAAAGUACAUUCCAGUUCCGGAAAUGAUACCAGAACUUAUUGUUCCUGAUUUAAAGGAUUGUAAUUUAAAGCCAUAUGUCACAUAUGAAUCUGAAGACGUAUAUCAGAGUGAAUUUACUGCCCAGGAUUUAUUUAAUGCAGUAUACUUAAAUAAGAUUGUAGACGAUUAUCAUAACAAACAAUUAGCUCCUGAUGGUCAAUCACUAAAUCCAAGCAACGAGGAAAAACUCACAGCAGAGGAAGCAAAAAAUAAAAGUUUAAAAACUGGUGCCGAUAUAUUUCAAGUUGACAAACAGGAAGUUAUUGACAUUUACCAAAAAAGGAUUCAAAACAGUUUACAAAAGGCAAAAGCUGAUGCUGCUAUAAAAUUAAAAAAUUAAGAGUAAAAAUUAAGAGUUUUAUAUUAUAUAAAAGUCGUUGGCUAAACAACAAUAGUAACUAAUGAAUAAUAUUCUUAAAUAAAGUUUAGGUAAAUAUA